GCAGUACAUUGUUUCGAUACUUGUCAACUGUGCCAGGCUAAAAGGAAACACACGUUUCUCUCUCAACACCAGUCAUCAGUUGUUCUGCAGUUUUCCACUAGGCUACAAUACAGGUACAAGUCUGUGUGGUCAACAAGCCAGCUGAGGGAGAAAGGAAGUAGAUUCUAGAUCUACAUACAUAUUGGAAACAUGUCUACGACAAUAACGAUGCCCGAGAUAAAGAACAAGCAGCGUAGAGGCGAGGUCUACAAACAGUACAAAAAGGAGAAGAGGAAGCUCAAAAUGGAGGAGAAAAAAAAAAGAAAGCAAGAAGAAAAGGAACUUGGAUCUGAGGCUCCUCCGAAAAAGAAGCCAAAGACGAUAGAAAAUAUGAGGGUACCAGAUGAAACCAUGGUUGAUCCGGCUAAUAAAGAGACCCAGAUUGAUUUGCAGAUGGAUGAAAUGGCGUCAUAUUUCAACCAGGAGACCACACCCAAGAUUUUGAUCACUACGUCAGACCGACCGACAACGAGGACCAACAGUUUUUGCAAAGAGUUGAAGAAAGUGAUCCCAAAUUCGUUUGUGAAGUACCGCCGCGGACUGGACUUGAAGAAAAUCAUUCCUCAGGCCAGUGAGAAGGAGUUCACUGAUCUCAUUGUGGUCAAUGAAGACAGAGGGGAGCCAAAUGGCCUUGUUUUAUGCCAUUUGCCUGAAGGUCCGACUGCAGAGUUCAAGCUUUUGAAUAUGAAGCUGACCAAGGAAAUUAAGAAAGUUGGGGAGAUGACUGACCACACCCCAGAGGUCAACAUACACAAUUUCAACACAAGGCUUGGUGUGACUAUUGGCCGUAUGCUGACCUGUUUGUUUCCCCGAGGCCCCAACUACCAUGGUCGCAGAGUGGUCACGUUUCACAAUCAGAGGGACUACAUCUUUUUCCGACAGCACAGAUAUCAGUUCAGGAAUGCAGAAAGAGUGAAUCUGCAAGAACUUGGUCCAAGGUUUAUCUUGAAACUGAGGUCACUGCAGAAAGGCACAUUUGACUCAAAGUUUGGGAUGUACGAAUGGGUUCAUAAGCGUCAUGAGAUGGAUACAAGCAGACGGAAGUUUCACUUGUAGAGGCUCGUGGCUGAUUUGUUAUAUCUUUUCAAGUCAUGGUCAGACAGACUGCAAGGAGAACUGCGAACCUGUAUCCUGGUCAAAAAGAAAAUUUGUUGCUGCGUUGCCUAAAUAAUGAAAUAUAUUAUUAUAUGUACAUUUUCUUCUUUUGCUUGGUAUGUGCUUAGGUAAAAAUAAAACAGCCUUCAACAAC